AUGCAGUUAAUUGACGAACUAGCACAGACAUAUUCUACAAUUGCGCUUUCAUUAGAUAUCUGGACAAGCAAGAACCACAAAGCUAUUUUGGGAGUUAUCAGUCACUGGGUGUCUACCGACUUUAAAUAUCAAGAGCGAGUGCUAGAGUUCAGCGAGCUUGCUGAAUCCCAUAGUGAGGAAAAUAUGGCAGAAACUCUGCAGAAGAUGCUUAUCGAGCUUUAUAUUGAAGAGAAGCUACAGUAUCUGAUAAAGGACGUCUCUGAUUCUAAGCUCAAAAUGAUCCUCUCUAAGUUCGAUAAGUUCACUCAACUGGUUUCCUGGCGACAAUUUAAGAUCAGCCUAGCUAUUUCUAUCUAUUACGAACUGAACGAUAUGCUCGAAGAUGCUGCUUCUGCACAAGGUAACUUUUUGGGGUUUAGUUCUAAAAUUACGUCUGCUAUCUCCGCGGGAAUGAAAAAAUACAAGAAAUAUUAUAAACUGAUGGACGCCCAAGAUGCUUAUAAUAUAGCUCUUGUCCUUGAUCCACGUUUCAAAACCCUCUUGUUGGAUAAGGAGCUUAGGCCAGUGACAGCACCAAAAGUGAUUCAAUCCAUUAAGGAUACUUUGCAUGAGCAAUUCCUAUCAAAACUGUCACUGGAGCAAUCAAGAUCUAAACUUAAUCAGGACAACAAGCGGCAAAUCCUAGAGGCUCGUAUUCUGCAAAAACUGCAAUCACAAGUGAUUUAA